UCCACUCUUUUUUCAUUCACAGAAGAGAGAAUCUUUUAAAAAAGUAAACCGGCGCCGCCGCGACUCACCGCCUGUUCACCGCCGUACGCUAUACACCGUACACCGUAUAUCUAGAAGGUAUAAGAUUUCUACUUUGGAGUUGAACAUUUUAAACUGAAAUUACCGUUGGAUAAUUUUCAAAGGAAGAACGGAGGAGAAGAUUUUGGUUUGAAAUCGGACGGUCAAGAUGCCGAGCACGAUUCAGAAAGCGAUCGGGGCCGUUAAAGACCAAACCAGCAUAGGUCUAGCGAAGGUAGCUAGCAACAUGGCGCCAGACCUCGAGGUGGCGGUUGUGAAAGCGACGAGCCACGACGAUGACCCUGCCGGUGAGAAGUACAUACGUGAGAUCCUUAAUUUGACCUCUUACUCACGCGGGUACGUCCACGCCUGCGUCUCGGCGGUGUCAAAACGGCUAGGUAAGACUCGUAACUGGAUCGUGGCGCUCAAAGCACUGGUGCUUGUUCAUAGGCUGUUGAAUGAGGGAGAUUCGCUGUUUCAAGAAGAGAUCUUGUAUGCUACCAGGAGAGGUACGAGGCUGUUGAAUAUGUCGGACUUUAGAGAUGAGGCUCACUCGAGUUCGUGGGAUCACUCUGCUUUUAUAAGAACUUAUGCCAUGUAUUUGGAUCAAAGACUUGAACUGAUGCUUUUCGAUAGGAAAAGCGGCGGCGGUAGUGGUGCUGGGGGAAGUAGCCACGGGGGUAAUGUUGAUAGAUACGGUGGACGAGAUAAUUUCCAAUCACCACCACCGAGGCCAUAUGAUGAUAGAUAUGGUGGACGAGAUGACUCCCGGUCACCGCCACCGAGGACAUACGAAUAUGAUUAUGGAGAUUCCAGAGGUGACAAUGGAUAUGGUAAUUAUGGUAUGCCAAGGAGAACGAGGUCUUAUGGUGAUAUGAGUGAGGCAGCAGGGAGAGACGGAAAAGAGGAGAAGAAAACAGUGACUCCAUUGAGGGAGAUGACUCCUGAGAGGAUUUUCGGGAAGAUGGGUCACUUGCAGAAGUUGUUAGAUCGGUUCUUGUCAUGUCGGCCUACAGGAUUGGCAAAGAAUAGUAGGAUGAUCUUGAUUGCUUUAUAUCCCAUUGUGAGGGAGAGUUUUCAGUUAUAUGCGGAUAUUUGCGAGGUUUUGGCUGUGCUGCUUGAUAGAUUUUUUGAUAUGGAGUAUCCAGAUUGUGUGAAGGCAUUCGAUGCAUAUGCAAGUGCAUCAAAGCAGAUCAACGAGUUAAUUGCAUUUUAUAAUUGGUGUAAGGAUACAGGCGUGGCUAGAUCAUCAGAGUAUCCUGAGGUGCAAAGGAUUACCGGUAAGUUGUUGGAAACACUGGAGGAAUUUGUGAGGGACAGAUCUAAGAGGCCGAAGAGUCCGGAGAGGAAAGAGCUUCCUCCUCCGCCUAAAGAGGAAGAGCUGGCACCAGAUAUGAAUGAAAUAAAGGCCCUACCUGCUCCAGAAAGCUACACUCCACCGCCACCGCCAGAGCCUGAACCCGUUAAAGCCCCGGAGCCGCAGGAGGAUUUAGUGAACUUGAGGGACGAUAAUGUCACAGCUGAUGAUCAGGGGAACAAACUGGCUUUGGCUUUAUUUAAUGGCCCGGCUAAUAACGGUAAUGGAUCAUGGGAAGCUUUCCCAUCGAAUGGGCCUGAAGUGACAUCGGCUUGGCAAAACCCUGCUGCUGAGCCAGGGAAGGAAGAUUGGGAGUUGGCUUUGGUUGAGACAGCUAGUAAUUUGUCAAGGCAGAAGGCAGCUUUGGGUGGUGGCCUUGAUCCAUUAUUGUUGAAUGGCAUGUAUGAUCAGGGAAUAGUAAGGCAGCAUGUUAGUACUGCACAGCUGAGUGGGGGGAGUGCGAGUAGUGUGGCAUUGCCAGGCCCGGGGAAGACCACGACACAAGUUUUAGCCCUUCCAGCACCUGAUGGAACAGUUCAGAAUGUCAAUCAAGACCCGUUCGCCGCAUCUUUGAGCGUUCCUCCUCCGUCUUAUGUACAAAUGGCUGACAUGGAGAAGAAACAACAUCUGCUUGUCCGGGAGCAGCAAGUAUGGCAGCAAUAUUCGAAGGAUGGGAUGCAAGGUCAAGCUAGUUUGGCCAAAAUCAGUAACCCUGGAUACUAUGGACCUGGACCUAUGCCAGUGAUGCCUUACGGAAUGCCACCGGUCAACGGAAUGGGACCACCAGCUGGGUAUUACUAUACUCAUUGAUUUCUCCACAUAUAAAAUAGAUAACAUUUCUUUGCCUACCUUUUGUAUUAUGAUUUCUAGUUUUCGUUCCCUUUUAAUUGUUUCUUCUGUGAUGAUAUGUUGUUCUGCAAUAUGUUCAAAUAUGUUCACAAAACACUUACUCGUUGUGGGGAUUUUUUUGUGCUCGUGAUCCGGUUGUUGUCUCUUUGUGCUUUGUAAUAUUAGAAUUCUAUUUACUUUCUUAUGUU